AUGUUUUCUGCGACCAUUCCAAUGUCUCUUACCUCCGUCACUUCUGCAAAUGCCUCACUAUCCUUCUCCCGCCGGGUGGUUCCCUCUGGCAGCCGUCUCUCUCCGGUUACACUCACCGGCAUAUCCUUCUCACGCGCUCCUCUCACGUUGAGGUGCUCUUCACUCAAAAGUUCUUCCUAUCGAACAAAGUUUGCAGAGGCUGCAAAGAAGGGGAACUUGAUUCCUCUAUAUCAGUGCAUAUUCUCCGACCAACUCAGUCCGGUGGUUGCUUACCGGAUUUUGCUUAAAGAGGAUGAUCGGGAGGCUCCAAGCUUUCUCUUUGAGUCUGCAGAACCAAGUUAUCAUGCUUCGAGUGUGGGGCGCUAUAGUGUUGUUGGAGCUCACCCUUCAAUGGAGGUUGUGGCAAAAGAAAAUAAGGUGGCGAUUAUUGAUCAUGUAGCUGAGACUUUAACUGAGAGAACUGUUGAUGACCCUGUCAUGAUUCCGAGAGAAAUCUCAGAGGGUUGGAAACCCUAUCUCAUUGAUGAACUUCCUGAUGCAUUUUGUGGUGGUUGGGCAGGUUAUUUCUCAUACGACACAGUUCGUUAUGCGGAAAAGAAAAAGCUACCAUUUUCAAAUGCUCCAGUGGAUGAUAGGAACCUCUGUGACAUGCAUCUGGGCCUCUACGAGAGUCUCAUUGUGUUUGACCAUGUCGAAAAGAAAGCAUAUCUGAUUCAAUGGGUGAGGAUUGAUCGGUACUCCACUGUUGAGAGUGCUUACAAUGAUGGAAUAGAACGAUUAGAAAAACUAGCUGCCAAAUUACAAGAUGUUAAAGCUCAAAGGCUGGCUCCAGGUUUUGUGGAUUUACACACUCACCAUUUUGGUCCACCGUUGAAGAAGUCGAGCAUGACAACUGAAGCAUACAAGGAAGCAGUUCUUCGGGCCAAAGAACACAUUAAAGCAGGGGAUAUUUUCCAGAUUGUGUUAAGUCAGAGAUUUGAACGAAGAACAUUUGCUGAUCCUUUUGAAAUUUACAGAGCACUCAGAAUUGUUAACCCAAGUCCAUACAUGGCCUAUUUGCAGGCUAGGGGGUGUAUUCUGGUUGCUUCAAGUCCAGAGAUUCUUACUCGUAUAAAGAAGAAUAAGAUUGUGAAUCGUCCUUUGGCUGGGACAACCAGAAGAGGGAACACACCUGAAGAAGACGCAAGGUUAGAAGAAAUGCUGCUGAAAGACGAAAAGCAAAUUGCAGAGCAUGUAAUGUUGGUUGAUUUGGGACGCAAUGAUGUUGGAAAGGUUGCAAAAAGUGGUUCUGUGAAAGUGGAGGAACUCAUGAAUAUCGAACGAUAUUCCCAUGUCAUGCACAUAAGCUCAACGGUAACGGGAGAGAUGCAAGAGCAUUUGAGUAGCUGGGAUGUGCUGCGUUCUGCAUUACCGGUUGGAACCGUGAGUGGAGCACCAAAGGUGAAGGCGAUGGAGUUGAUCGAUAAGUUGGAGGUGACAAGGAGAGGGCCCUACAGUGGAGGAUUUGGAUACAUAUCUUUCUUUGGGGAGAUGGACAUUGCCCUUGCUCUGAGGACAAUGGUUUUUCCGACAGGAACAAGGUACGACACAAUGUACUCAUACAAAAACCUCGACCAACGUCAGGAGUGGGUUGCUUAUCUUCAAUCUGGCGCUGGUAUUGUUGCUGAUAGUGUUCCUGCUGAUGAGCACCAAGAGUGUCAGAACAAAGCUGCAGCUCUUGCUCGUGCUAUUGACUUGGCUGAGUCAGCUUUUGUUCAUCACUGA